GGGCUUUGUUUGGAGAACGCGGCAGCCAUUGUCUUUUUCUCGUUAGUUUGUGUUACAAACCCUGUUCCACUUUUUUGGUUGCCCCAUUUCUCCCUCGUCGGCAAAGGGUUGUCCAAAUUUGACCAACAUUUGCGGCCCAGGGAAAUCUACAGUUUCUCUGUAAAGUGACUCUUUGCUUCUGUUCCUGAAUAGCCUUUUCGUCAGAACUGUCCAUUCCUUUUCUCCGGCACUUUUCUCUCUCCCACUUGUUUCUUCGUAUCGCAUGUCAAUUCCCUGCAUUGCCUCCGUUCAGCAUCUCUUAGCCCGUUUCGGCGUGCUUUUACUCGACAUUUUAAACAGAGAGAAACGCGUAUGCCAACGAAGCGCUUUGUCAUUCUCAGCUACCUGUGGUACCAAUUCCCUUCGUCCUCGACGAACAGCCUCGAGCUUUCUUCCUUAUUACGUCAUUUGCAGGUCACCUCGUUCCCUCUCACCGGUACACCAAUGUAGAUGCUUGCGUAGUACGCGGCUGGCUACCUGGUUCCUCAGACAUCAACUCUCUGCGUUCGCCUUUUUUCUCCUCGUUUCCUCUCUUCGGUAUCGGCUGGAGACAGUGAGGACUCGAUUUCUCCGCUGAAAAAACUCAUACGCACUCUCUCCACCGAGCGUCAUGUCGGUCACAAUCAAGACGAAUUUGGGAGAUCUGAAGGCUGAGCUGUAUUGUCAGCAGGCUCCAAAGACAUGCAAGAACUUUUUGGCACUUUGCGCCUCGGACUAUUACAACGGCACUCGCUUUCACAGAAACAUCAAAGGCUUCGCCAUUCAGGGCGGAGACCCUACCGGAACGGGGAAGGGGGGAGAAAGCAUUUACGGCGGUCUCUUCGAGGACGAAUUCGUCUCUUCUCUUAAGCACGAUCGCCGAGGCAUUUUGUCGAUGGCAAAUCAGGGGAAACCAAACACGAACGGUUCUCAGUUCUUCAUCACGUACUGUCGCCAGCCCCAUUUGAACGGCGUCUACUCGGUCUUUGGUCGGCUUAUCGAUGGAAUGGACACACUGGACAAGAUGGAGAGAGAACCCGUGGGUCGGAAGAACCGUCCAGAGAACGAUAUCAUCAUUGAGCAAGUGAUCAUUCACGCAAAUCCCAUUGCUGAAAUGGACCAGCUCUAGAAGAUUUGCUUGCCUCUCUCCUAAGGUCGGUUUCACGAGGAAGCACUCGGGCGCCCCGCGAUCUCGGCACCUCGGUUCUCGAAACCUCCCCAGUCAAGAUUCGUUUCCGUGUUCAAGACAUGCCUGAGAGAGGCUGUCGAGUCUCUGUCUGCACGAAGCGGCGUUUUGCUUCUCUCUGUUUCUUCCUUGUCCUAGCUUGUCGGAACAAACAUGAGCGAAGAUAUCUCCGUGGAGGAUCGAGGGAGGAGAGACCGAGCGGAAUCAAGCGACGCCUGAGCACCGUUCGUCGCGAGGGAAGAUAUGUCUGUCUUGUGUGCCUUCUGUUUCUCUUAUUUUCAAAUGCGUUCUUUGCCAUCGAAAGGUGGGCGAACGAUGUCGUGCCUCUUCGUUGCGUCUCCGUCAGGUAAUAUGCUGAAGCCUGUUGAAACACCCGAGCAACGAGACGGGCCUCUCUCCACGGAUCGCGUCGUCGCUUCGCAUGGUCGCCUGGUCGAGCUUGUGCAUUGUCUUUCGGUGUGCGCCUUGGACCUGCAGUUCGCUUCUUUCUGUUUCUCUUUUGAUCACUGUUUCGGUGCUGUCCGUUGAUUCUCGAGUUCCUCGGCUCUCUGUCUUGCUCUCUCUUCUGCAAGUCCAAAGAAGACGCCCUUGGAGGACUGCCGCGUUUCACGACUCCAUAGGGCACACGAAGUCGCAGGAGUUCUUGUCUCACUGUUUUUUUUUCUUUCCACCUUCGCUUGUUCCUUCGCUUGACUCUUUGGUGUCUGGAACUGAGUCUCGGCGCUCUUCCUUUUCUCUCUGUACUGUCCGCGAGAAUCUGCUGUCUUUCGAAUCACUUCUUCAGAUCAUGGAGAGCGAUGAGAAGGAGAAGCCGUGUCACUUUCAGCUGCAAGCUUUCGGCUACAACAUAGGAUGAAGAGGAGAUGAAAUAUUCAUUUUUCGCGACCUCUAGUCUUUUCACUAGUCAGUGGUCUGAGGAUUCCGAACACUCCUGUGACGCUUUCAGCGUACGCUCCUCGUGUGAGCUUUGUUGUUGUGAAUGCUGCCUGCCUCCGUAAGCCUGUACAGGGAUGUUCUCAAAGUGUGAUCACUGCAAUACACGACGUAGCCGUGAGUCUGGCGUCUCUGAUGCCGGUUUUCUUCGGCCAUGGCACUUAGUUUCCAGGACAAACUUUCCAACAUAUCUGUAACUGUAACUUUUACGAGAUUGCCUCGUGUCUGAUGUGGAGGUUCCAGUGCGCGAUGCCACAACGAAGGAGCCAAUGCUCGAUACUGAAAACACCCGGGCAUGAAUGCUGAAAUCCCUUGGCUACACCUUCUCAAG